AUGAACGAGACAGAAGAAAACCGGCUGUGGUGCAGCAGGACUCCAGAGCCAGAUAUAAGGCUCAGAAAAGGGCACCAACUUAAUGAUUCAAGGAGAGGUGAUAAUGACAGCCAUCAAGAAGGGGAUUUGGAGCUCAUUUUAAAGGCACCUGUUUUUUCUUCCCAUCAAAAAAAUAGCUCUGAGGAACAUGAGUGCAGUGAUGAAACCUCUCAGGAAGAUGAGAGGUUUAUGGGCAUGUCCCCUCUCUUACAAGCCCAUCAUGCCAUGGAAAGAAUGGAAGAAUUUGUUUGUAAGGUAUGGGAAGGUCGAUGGCGAGUAAUCCCUCAUGAUGUACUACCAGACUGGCUAAAGGAUAACGACUUUCUUUUACAUGGACACAGGCCCCCCAUGCCUUCUUUCCGAGCCUGUUUUAAGAGCAUUUUCAGAAUACACACAGAAACAGGCAACAUCUGGACACAUCUCUUAGGUUGUGUAUUCUUCCUGUGCCUGGGGAUCUUUUAUAUGUUUCGUCCAAACAUUUCCUUUGUGGCCCCUCUGCAAGAGAAGGUGGUCUUCGGAUUAUUCUUCUUGGGGGCCAUUCUCUGCCUUUCUUUCUCAUGGCUCUUCCACACAGUCUACUGCCACUCAGAAGGGGUCUCCCGGCUCUUCUCGAAACUGGACUACUCUGGUAUUGCUCUUCUGAUUAUGGGAAGUUUUGUUCCUUGGCUUUAUUAUUCUUUCUACUGCAAUCCACAACCUUGUUUCAUCUAUUUGAUUGUCAUCUGUGUGCUGGGCAUUGCAGCCAUUAUCGUCUCCCAGUGGGACAUGUUUGCUACUCCUCAGUAUCGGGGUGUAAGAGCAGGAGUGUUUUUGGGCCUAGGCCUGAGUGGAAUCAUUCCUACUUUACACUAUGUCAUCUCUGAGGGAUUCCUGAAGGCUGCCACCAUAGGACAGAUAGGCUGGUUGAUGCUGAUGGCCAGUCUGUAUAUCACAGGAGCUGCACUUUAUGCUGCCCGGAUCCCUGAACGCUUCUUUCCUGGCAAGUGUGACAUAUGGUUUCACUCUCAUCAGCUGUUUCACAUCUUUGUGGUUGCUGGAGCUUUCGUUCACUUCCAUGGUGUCUCAAACCUCCAGGAGUUCCGUUUCAUGAUUGGCGGGGGCUGCAGUGAAGAGGAUGCACUGUGA